UUUUGUAUGUUUCAAACCCUAAACAAAAAGUUCACACAAAAACAUAUACAUACAGAAGAGAUAGAUAGAUAGAUAGUCAUGGCGGCAUAUAGAAUGAUACAUAAAUCUAUAUUUACCAAUUUAUUAUCAUCAAAAUCAUUUCCAUCGUCAUCAUCUUCUUUCAUUUCACGCAGAGGCAUUGCUUCCAAGAUUUAUGUUGCAGGACUAUCAUUCUAUACCACAGAAAAAGCAUUACUGGACGCGUUUUCUCAAUACGGCCAAGUUGUUGAAGCCAAUAUUAUGAUGGAUAAAGUUUCAAGCAGAUCGAAAGGCUUUGGAUUCGUCACCUAUGCAUCUGCAGAUGAAGCUGAGAAAGCCAUUAAUGAAAUGGAUGGGCAGACACUGCAUGGACGAGUAAUUUGCGUUGAACUGGCAAAACCACAAUCACGUCGCAGUGGUGGUGUGCCAAUAGCCAGAGGUCCUCCCGAACCAGCUACAGAGCAGCAAUAAAGCACUUGUGCAUUGGAUUUGAAUGUCCAACUUAUCACGCAAUUGAUUUGCAGUAUGCUCAAGAUUACUGUUCUACCCUUAGUGUCGAGGUAAUCUGGCCCGUUGAGUGUUUUCAUGCUCGUUGCGACACAAGGGUCGGCAUUAAUAGUUGUAGAAGUGGCAUAUUAUUAGAGAAAUGUGUUACUUUCAUCUUUUCUAUAAUUGUUCUCUACCGGACAAGUUUGCUGUAUAAAUAGGCUAUACAUGUGGUGUUAUGUUUGAUUUGCAA